ACAUGUUAUUAGAUUCUGAAAAUGAUGAUGAUAUUCUACCACCACCACCUGAUCUUGAUCAAAUAGAAAAACAAUUCAAAAUUGCUAUUUCUGAUUCUUUGAAUAAAUAUUGGCAUGAAUUUCAUGAUGUUGGAUUGAUAGCUACUCUUUUAGACCCCCGAACCAAAAAAAUAACCAUAUUUACAAAUAGAGAACGAGAAAAGGCUGAAACAAAAUUAAGGAAUGAAUUUGAGAAUUUACAUCUUAAUAUUACUAGCAAUGAUCAACCAGAGCAACAAGCAUUACCAUCAAUGGCCACUGAAAUAAUGCAAAAUCCAUUUUUUGAAGGUAUUUUUGGAGUACGAAGUCAAGAAGAUACACCUUUAGAUGAGGUAUAUACAAUCUAUGCUGAAAAAGUCGAAUACAAAGAUACUAGCAUAAUCAUUAUUAUCAAAAGUGUGGUAACCCUUAUGUCUACUAGAGGAAUAAACAUGAAAUUGCU